AUGGAGAAGGCAGCCCUUAUAUCUGACGAGAAACGUGGCACACAGACCCCUGUACCCGAGCCUCGCACGAGCAGAGAGGGAGCCAUGGAUGGCAAGACCAUGAGGUGGAUCAUCGUCAACAUCCUGGCCACAGUGGCCAUCGUCCAUGUCAACAAGACGAUAUUCUCAGACCCGGCCCUUCGCCAGUGCCAGCUUGGCUUUGUGGCCUUCCACUUCGCCAUGACAUGGAUCACACUUCACGUGGCGUCACGACCGGCGGUGGGCGUCUUCAGCCCUGCUCGGACGAGCGUGCUGGCCCUUCUGCCGCUCACCGUGGCUAUGGGGGCCAACGUGGUGCUGCAGAAUCUGGCGCUGGCCCACUCGUCGGUGGUGUUCUUCCAGAUUGUGCGGAUCCUGCUCACUCCACUGACGGUACUGAUGAACCUGUUCAUCUACGGCGCCCGCAUCCCGGCCCUGGCUGUGCUGGCCCUGGUCCCGGCCUGCUUCGGUGUCGGGCUCGUCUCGUACCUCGAGGCUCUGUCGAAGCCUAAGCCCACCCCAGACUUGUCGUCCGCCGAACCAUCUGGCAUGAACCCGACAACCAUCCUCGGUGUUAUCUUUGGCUUUUUCGCCGUCGCCGUCUCCGCUCUCUACACCGUCUGGGUGUCGGCGUACCACCGCAGGUUGAAGCUGAGUAGCGUCCAGCUCCUGCUCAACCAGCUGCCUCUGGGUGCUCUCAUGCUCGCGGUGUCCAGCUACUUUGCCGACCAGUAUCCUGUUUGGACCGAGCUCACCUCCUGGCAUUGGUGCAUGAUCGCCGUGAGCGGCAUGUGCGCCGUGCUCAUCAACGUCUCGCAGUUCUACAUCAUCACUGCUGCCGGGCCCGUCAGCAGCACCGUCGUCGGCCACCUCAAGACCGUCUUGGUCAUCGGGCUGGGCUGGUUGGUGAAGCAUGAGGUCGUUGGGACCGGGAGUGCGCUGGGCAUCGCCCUUGCCGUGCUGGGUAUCAUCGGGUGA